AUGCGUCCCUGCUCGCUGCUGCUGCGCGCCGCCCGCCCCGGCGGCGUCUCGCUCUCCGCGUCGACGUCGCUGCGCUCUGUCGGUCUGGGCGGCGUGCGCUGCAUCUCCAAGCGCGCGGCGGAGGAGGCGCGGCGCGAGUCCAUCAAGAUGCGCAACCGCCGCGCCGUCAUGUACCUGGCGGGCACGGCCAUCGCGUGGGUCGGUAUCUCGUACGCUGCCGUGCCGCUGUACAAGAUCUUCUGCCAGAUGACGGGCUUCGGAGGCACCACGCAGCGCGUGGAGGAGUUCGUGGCCGACAAGCUCACGCCCAGGGAGAACGCCAAGCCUAUCCGCAUCACGUUCGAUGGCGGCGUGAGCGCCAACAUGCCGUGGGUCUUCCGGCCGCAGCAGCGCGACCUGCUGCUGGUGCCCGGCGAGACGGCGCUGGCCUUCUACACUGCCAAGAACAAGACGGACAAGGCCAUCACGGGCGUGGCCACGUACAACGUGUACCCUCCGUCGGCUGGCGUGUACUUCAACAAGAUCCAGUGCUUCUGCUUCGAGGAGCAGCGGCUCAAGGCCAAGGAGGAGAUCGACAUGCCCGUCUUCUUCUUCAUCGACCCGGAGAUCUGCGACGAUCCGUCCAUGAGCGGCGUGCACAACAUCACGCUGUCCUACACGUUCUUCAAGACCGACGACGUGAGUGAAGACGAAGUGGACGACGAGGACUAA